AAUUUAGUUCACGAUUUUGAAUUUUUCAUUUUCUACAAGUGCGUUUUGAUGAUUUGCUUGAAUUGGUGAAUGUCUAAUCUACUUCAAGAAGAUAAUCUGCAUCUUUCACAGUGUAUUCUAGCAGAGUUAAGUCAACAACUUUCACCAUAUGGUUUUGAUGCAUCUCCCUUUCUAUCCGGUUGGUAUAAUGCAGCUGUUAGUCCAAAACUUCAACUAGGCAAAGAUCUAACACCCUAUGCUGAUGAUUGUUUUUGCGUCUGUCUAAUCAGUAACCCGCAAAUGUUUGAAAAAACCUUUAUACCAACUAUCUGUGAAUGGUUUCAGCAGUCAGAAGGAGAUUCAUUUGAAGAAGUAUUAAAAGGUUUGAGAAGUAAAUUCACACGAUAUAAAUUCCUACCUGGUUCCAGUGAUCCGUUUGACUGGGCAGUAUUUAUCCGACUACAAAAAGUAUUAGAAAUGUGUAUUACAAAUAUCAAAAGUCACUUAUCUUCGAACCAGUUAGACAAGUUAAAUGGUGCAGAAUGGAUACCAGAUUAUGCGACGCGAUUUGUUACUCGAUUUCCGUAUGUUCAUGUACAGACAGCUGGUCACGUAUCAGGGAUGGCUUAUUUUCAUCAACCUAGCGAAAUGAUUAAACAACGUUCACGUGAACAAACAGGACGACCGUAUUGUGGUGUCAGCUUGCAUCCAAAAUAUGGUGGUUGGUUCGGAUUUCGUGGUAUUUACAUUUUUCCAAAUUUACGUUGUCCAAAUUUACCCAAAUCAACACCGCUAUCUUAUUUUACACCUUCAACAAAUAAUACUGGAUCGAAUUCGUCAUUGAAUAAUAAUAAUAAUAAUGACCAAUUAGAAUCUUUACUUUAUGAAUAUAAUGAAUGUUGGAGUGACAAUAAAUGGAGAGAUUAUAAAUUAUUCAAUGAUGAUGAUAAUGAUAAUAAUAACAAUUGUAAUCAUCGUUAUUCUAAUGAUGCUAUAUUGUAUUUUUCAACUGAACCAUCAGAACGUGUAAAAUUUGUUCAACAGAGGUUUUCACGCUAUUCAACUAAUGCUAUACCACCACCACCACCAGUAAUGUGUACUACUACUGGCAAGGAUUUAUAA